AUGGAACAACAACAAAUCAACAUUGGAACUCUUCUAUCAGCCGCUCGGCUUUUAGAGUCCUCUUCAACUGAUGCUAAAUUAUUUAAUGGUAAGUUUCUUUAAUUUUAAAUUAUUUUUUCAAAUUUUAAUUCAUUUUUUUCAGAAGAAGAACUUCGCUCUCUCUUCUGUGGUGGAAAAAUGAAGAGUAUUGCCUCAACCUCCACAUCAAUCCCAUCAUCCUCGCCAUAUUCGCCACCAUCCAAAAAGACAUCAAAACACAGUCGUGCUGCACAUAAUGAGCUUGAGAAAAAUCGUCGAGCCAAUCUUCGAGGAUGCUUGGAACAAUUGAAAACUCUUGUGCCUACUGUAACUGAUGCUGCUAGAAAUACCACUUUGGCUCUUUUGACUCGCGCAAGAGAUCAUAUUAUUGUAAGUUUAUAUUGAUUUUGUGGAUUUGGACAUAGUUUAUAUUUCUUUUUUUGCAGGAAUUGAGCACUGCUAAUGAGGAACUCCGCAAGGAAAAACUCAAAAAAGACAUUGAACGAAGCAACCUUCUUGCUGAAUUAGCCGCUCUUCAAUCAGCCGCACCUUCCGAGGAAUCUUCUCCAGCAAGCCCAACAUCAGAAGAUACCCAAUCACAAGCUUCAUCAUCUCGCCCAGAAUCGCGAUCCUCUCCAUACUACCUCGAAUAUUCGCCAUCAUCAAAACCAUCAAUGACCGAAUCACCAAAACCAAUUUUAAUCGACCCAAUUGCUGAAGGCCUUUUACCAGUCUUCCCGUUGACCUACCCACGACCAUCAUUCUACCCUCAGAAUGUUCUUGAUCUCCUUCAAUUGCAAGCGAAAUUCUUGCCACUUCGUGUAUGA